ACCAGAAUAUAUUUAUAAUGUAAUUCAAUAGGAAAAUCUAUUUAUUCUAUACACGUUAUUUUAUAUUUUAAUUACAAAUCGCCAACAGCUGGGUAUAUAGGUUACAGUUCUGUUUGUAGAAAGUAAAUAUAAAAGCAGCCAGGAUGUACAUGGGAGGACUAUCGUUCGAAGACGAGCUGGGCUUGGAGUGCCCCGGGAAAAUCUACACCCAAGUGAUGGACUUGAAGCAGUUGCCAUCGGACAAGUUCAAGAACUCCAGCCACGCGGCCCACUGCAUGAUAUAUGCCCUCAACAACAGGCCGGUCUUGAAGGCUUACAUGCCCAAAGCCAGUAUUCUCAUGCAGUUAAGGUUUGAUGGACAUUUUGGAUUCCCAGGAGGUGUUGUGGAGAAAGGGGAGACUCCAGAAGAAGCGGUCGCUAGAGAGAUGGAAGAAGAGAUGGGUAUACUGCGGCACAACUUUAGAAUAUUUCCAGAGGACCACGUGGUAACCCAUUACUCUGAAGAUAAAGAUCUGCUAUUACAUUUCUUCACGAAAGAGGUCAGUUUAAAUCGUUUGUUGAAUAUUGAAGCCACAGCAGUGAAAGGAGAUUACUAUGGUGAAGAGGUGAUGGGAAUCGUGCGGAUUCCAUUGUACACGAUGGCAGACGGAUUCAGAGGAUUUCCAGCUUUUCUGAAUCAUGGGUUCAUCGGAAACUCAAAAGAGCAGCUUCUCCAUGCACUAAUAGCAAAACAACUAUUUACACAAGAGGAGAUACAAACAGCACUGGCUGCUAAACCAAAAAUUAUAACAAAAAUAAAUAAAAUCAAUACUUAAAAUUAA